ACUUAAUUUUGAAUUUGUUUUAGUUAAGAGAUCUUGAAGCUGAAUUGGAAGAUGAACGAAAACAAAGAGCAGCUGCAAUUAGUUCACGAAAAAAAUUAGAAGGCGAUUUCAAGGAACUUGAACAACAAUUGGAGAUUGCAAACAAAAUGAAAGAGGAUGCAUUGCGACAAUUGAAGAAAUUGCAGAGCCAAGUAAAGGAUUAUCAACGUGACAUAGAAGAAUUACGACUAGUAAAAGAUGAGUUAACUGCUCAAUCAAAAGAUUUAGAAAAGAAAUUAAAGACACAAGAAGCAGAUAUUAUUCAAUUGCAAGAUGAUUUAUCAAAUUCUGAAAGAGCACGUCGUUCUGCAGAAUCAGAAAGAGAUGAACUGCAAGAAGAAAUUAAUAAUCAUACAUCAAAGACGUAA